AUGCCGCUAGCCAUCGCGAGCGUCCUGUCCUCACCCUCCGCUUCGAGUCGCUCCUCGGAUGGUCUGCCCUUCCCUCGCAACCUGAGCAUGUCGGAUUUCGAGGUCGAGCAUGUGGCCCCCAAGACUCCAGUUACUGCUUCGAAGGCCCAACGACGCAGGACGUCAUCCGACUUCGAUAGCGAAGCUACAUUUCGCUCAAACGUCACCGCACUGAUCGCUGCGAAAGCGAGACCAUUCGCUGUGUCUGGACGUAUCCCCAUCGACCCAGCUGUUCUCAUCUUGUUCUUCCGGACAAAGAGUGGUAUCACGCACUCUCUUGACUUUCCGAUUGAUAUCGACUUCGACGUCCCUCCGGCGUUGGACGUGCUCAUUACUGCCUGCGAACCUCAUCUUACCGGGUUGGCGGACGAUCCUGACAACGAGUCAUUGUUCUACCCACCAACACUACCAUUGACAACUACGCUGGAGAUUGCCAAUCAUCCGAUCCUCGAUGCCGUGCGGACGACACUAUUUCCCUCGCUGCCUACUGGGCAUUAUCUCACAGCUAUUCGAGACCGGCUCGAGAUUUGUCUCAAGGGAAACCGUAUCCUCGCGCAGCCUCGUCCAAAUGACAGUAGGGUUGCCACGAUUAUCGUGACUCUACCUGUGCGAUACCGCGGCGGAGCCUUGGUCGUCCGCAACGCCGAGGCCGUCGAGAGGUUUUACGGUCGGGGCGGGAAGAGUGGCGACCUCGAGUGGACGGCUAUCAUGGCUGACUGCGACUACGAGGUGGAGUGCGUGCAGAAAGGUUGCAGGGUCACAAUAUCGUAUGCAGUGCAGCUGCGGUCAUUCGGUCCUGCGGGUCUCCAGCCAGAUCCUCUGAUCUCACCGGGUGACAAAUUCCUGGACAUGCUCUCGCCCAUUCUUAAUUUAUCCCGCCAUCGUCGGAUAGCGUUCUACCUCACAGGAGAGUAUGGCGUUAACCCUGCCGAUGUGCUAGCGGAAUCACUCGUGCCCUACCUGAAGGGAGGUGAUUCUAUCUUGUAUCACGCUGUCAGGCUCUACAAACUUGCGCCGGAGCUUCGAUGGACUGCUGGUGGCUACGUCUGGCCCGUAGAUCAAACCGUCGAGUUCACGAAUGAAGGCAUUGACAUUCCGACUGCAGCAGGCGCCCGAGUACCUUUCUCGGUGAUCAACGGUGGUCGUGUUCUCCCUGAGGUUGGGGAGGAUGAGGCGGAUCUAAGGACCAGGGUGGAGAAGAGCGGUGCGAUCCCAUUGACGGAUACUGAUAUCAUGCUCCUAUCAGACGUGUCGUUCCCUGGCCCUAUCGCAAAGGAACGGGUUCCUUUUGUUUCUGGAGGGGAAAUGGAGAAGCUCGUCGUGAAUGUCCUUCUCGUCGUUUAUGUUCCGUAA